CAGUUAGUCCGGUUGGUUGCAUUGCAUCAAGGCAUCAAGUUACAUUAUGGAGACAUCGGGAGUUUUGAUAUAUCUCAUUUUGGUCAUUGCCUCGGCUGUGGUUUAUUUGCUGAGAAGGAAUCUAAGCUAUUGGAAGAGGCUGGGUAUACCCCAUGAGGAACCAACGGCCCUGAUGGGCAAUAUGAAUGGGUUGAGGACCCAGCGGUGUAUGGGUGACAUUUUGGCCGAUUAUUAUAGGAAAUUUAAGGGCUGCGGACCCUUUGCCGGCAUUUUCAACGGCCAGAGACCCGGGGUGGUGCUGCUGGACAAACAACUAAUCAAGCAGGUCUUGAUCAAGGAUUUCACACAAUUCACCGAUCGUGGUCUGUAUUACAAUGAGAAAUCGGAUCCUUUGACUGGACAUCUGUUCUUUUUGGAUGGCGAUAAAUGGCGGAACUUGCGCAACAAGCUCUCUCCCACCUUUACCUCGGGUAAAAUGAAAUAUAUGUACCCGACAGUAGUAAAUGUGGCCGAGCGUUUUAUGGAAGUUUUGGCUCAAAAGGUCCGAGAAAAUCCCAUUGUGGAUGUACGCGAUAUGCUGGGACGUUUCACCGUGGAUGUGAUCGCCAGUGUGGCCUUUGGCAUUGAAUGCAAUAGCCUGAGAAAUGCUGAGGAUAAAUUUCUGCAGCUUGGCAGGAAAUCUAUUGAAGUACAGCGCCAUAAUGCCCUGAUCAUGACAUUGAUUGAUGGGUUUCCCCGCCUAUCCAGAAUGCUGGGCAUGCGCACUUUGCCCCAGGAUGUCCAUGAGUUUUUCAUGCAGACCAUCCGGGAAACGGUGGAAUAUCGUGAGAGGAAUAAAAUCCAAAGAAGUGAUUUUCUGAAUAUUCUGAUUGAACUGAAGAAUACUGUGGAUGAUAAGUCAGGGCUGGGAGGUAUGGAACUGGAAGAGUUGGCUGCCCAGGUAUUUGUUUUCUUUUUGGCUGGUUUUGAAACCUCCUCGUCGACCAUGGCCUAUGCCUUGUAUGAAUUGGCCCAAAAUCAGCAGAUACAGGAGAGAUUAAGGGAGGAGAUCAAUGAGGCAUUUGAGGGUGAUACAAAACCAAGCUAUGAGACCAUAAUGAAUUUGAGUUACCUGGAUCAGGUGAUAUCGGAAACUCUACGCAAAUACCCCAUUUUACCCUUCUUAAAUCGCCAGGCCUUAAAUGACUAUGUGGUGCCUGGACACCCCAAAUUUCGAAUACCCAAGGGAACACCCAUCUUCAUACCCGUCAUGGGCAUACAACAUGAUCCGGAAUUCUAUCCCCAACCCGAUGAAUUUGAUCCGGAACGUUUUUCACCAGAUAUGGUGAAGCAACGUGAUUCCAUCGAAUGGAUGCCCUUUGGAGAUGGGCCCCGAAACUGUAUUGGCGCCCGAUUUGCCAAAAUGCAAACCCGCCUUGGCUUGGCAUGUGUUUUGAAAUAUUUUCGGGUUGUAGUUUGCUCAAAGACCCCAUUGCACUUGACAUUUCAGGCAAAGCCUUUGGUGUUGACACCACGGCAUGAUGUCUACCUGAAAUUGGAGGCGAUUUAGGGGUGGGAGAUUAUCUCUCUAAAGUUUAAUAUAAAUCAGGACUGAUUUUUUUUUGUUUUAUAGUUUUGUAGUUUUAAAAUAAAUAAAUGUAUUUAAUAAAAUUUAAAAAAAGAAA